AUGCCACCAAAGCAAUUGUCUGGUGCUACGAAAAAAAGGAAGAGAAAGCAAGAUGAAAAGAUUAGGGAAUCGCAAAGAGGCGAUUUGAAUAAGUAUUUUCCAGUUAAAAGUAAUGUUGAUGUCAACAACAAUAAUCAGAGGCCAAUAUCUGAUCUGGGACAAGCUGAUGAGGAUAAUACAGAUGGAGAUAUUGAGGUCCACGAACAGUCCUCAAAUAAUUAUGAUGAUGGUAAUGUUAAUGAGGGCAAUAUGGAGGAAGAAAAUUUUCAGCCUUCAUCUAAUCCUAAUGGUGAUGAUCAAGAUGAUUCUCUUUUAUCUAUGUAUGAUCCAAGAACAUGGGAUAAUCUUGACAACUCCAAACGGGAUAUAUUUAUUGAAAAGGGGCCUCUCAGAGAACCGAAUCUACAAUUCCGUAAGAAUGCCGAUGGUAGACAUUUUUCUUAUGAUUAUUACUCCAGAAAGUUAGCUAACAAUGAGUUUGUUGACCGAAAAUGGUUGGUUUACUCAAAAGAGGUUGACAAAGUUUAUUGUUUUUACUGCAAGUUGUUCAAAUCAAAUCAGACCAAGUACUCUUUGCUAGCAUUUGAUGGUUUGAGUGAUUGGAAGCGUCUUAGUCCGAGACUCAAAGAACAUGAGAGAAGCGUCGAUCAUUUUACAAACAUGAAUACAUGGAAUGAACUAAGGUCGAGAUUGAGCAAAAAUAAAACGAUUGAUGAUGAUAUGCAACGAGAGAUUGCAAAGGAAAAGGAGCGUUGGAGACAGGUAUUGCAAAGAAUGAUUUCAGCAGUCAAGUUUCUUGCAAAACGUAAUUUGGCAUUUCGAGGAACAAUUGAGAAGUUGUAUCAUGAUAGUAAUGGCAAUUUUCUAGGCACUAUUGAAAUGAUUGCUGAAUUUGAUCCUGUGAUGCAAGAACAUAUUAGGCGCAUUCAAAAUAAUGAAAUUCAUCAUCAUUAUCUUGGCCACCGUAUUCAGAAUGAGUUGAUCUCACUCCUCGCCGAUGCCGUGAAAAAGGUUAUCUUAAAGCUCAUCAAGGAUGCAAAGUACUUCUCUGUUAUCUUGGACUGUACCCCGGAUGUUAGUCAUGAAGAGCAAAUGACACUCAUUGUGCGUUGUGUCAACCUAUCAAGUAACAUUCCGAGAGUGGAAGAGUUUUUCCUAGAGUUCUUGAAGGUUGAUGACACAUCAGGUUUGGGGCUUUUUAAUGUACUGCUGGAUACACUUGAUUCUCUUGAUUUGGAUGUUGCUAAUGUGAGAGGGGAAGGAUAA